AUGCUGGAACAUUUCGCUCACGAAUCGGUCUCGUUGUCGCCCUCGGACCCAAUGCGCCAUCAACCUGACAAGGUCUACCUCAUCUCCCCCUGUCGUUCCUGUCGCAGACCCCAUGCCAACCGCCACUCCCGCCACCGCUGAUCACACUGUCGCUGCCCUGCCUCUACCAUCCCUCGCCGCCACCAUCCGCUGACACCAUCCGCUCUGUCCCAAACCCUGCUCCGACCUGCGCGCCGACCACGCCAGCGCCAACCCUUGGCAACGUUGCUUCGAAUCCCCAUGCCGCACUUCUGUUGGUUACUACCGCGUCCAUUGCCUCUACCACAACUACCACAGCGACGACGAACAUAACCACCUCUGCCUUCACCGCCGUCGUCGCCGCCGACGAAAAUGCUCCUGACGCUCCAAAAACCACCAACACAUUCGCCAUCACAAGCCGCACCUCCAGAAAUGUGGACUGUGUCCCAACCUGUCCUCAUUGUAGCCAUACGUUCACCUCACACACGGGAUUAGUCAGUCACUUGCGAAUCCAUCGCACAAUGACUGGCGAACUGGUGUCUGUAGCAACAACAUACUCUCGCCGCAUCUGCCUUCACUGUCCUCACUGUCCGCGCACAUUCAUCCAGCUAAUGGACCUAUUCGAUCACAUGCCUAUCUAGGAUGUCGGAAUACACAGCAGUAUCGAUACGCUUAGCAUACCCUGCACAUCCACCAACCCCAACCCAGUCAUGCCCCCAUCACCCAGCGCGCCCACCACCAGCAACUCCACCAUCGUCACCACCGCCAAAACCGACUCUGCAGCUUCCAGACCUGUCCUGCCCACGCUGUCACCGCACAUUCCUCUCACACAUCGGCCUGGUCGGUCCCUUGAAAGUUCAUCACCACUCACUUUCCCACCAGCACAUGCACCACGCAUCGAAGCCACCGAAAUCUCACAACACCGGCACCUCUUACGAAUGUGGGGAUUGUGGGUUUCGACUCCCUCCCCAAACCGCUUCUCUGCUGCAAGUGUGAUCUGA